AUGUUUUAUCAUAAAGAAUACAAUGAACACAUUACAGAAGAAGCAGUAAAUAAUGAUCAAAAUCGUUUGUUAAAAAGUAGUGAUUUCAUAUCCAAACCAAUUAAAAGUGUAAGAUGUACAACAGAUGAAAAUAUAUUACAACUUCAUCAUUCUUUUGGAUAUGAUUGCUGUUCUAAAAUGUUUAAUAUAUGUGCUGCAGACAAGCAUACAGUUGUGUAUGCAGCAGGUAGUUAUAUAAUUAUGUUCAACAUUAAUGAGGAGAAAUUGAAUUUUAGAAAAUGUGCCGGUAAUGGAGGAAUAGGACAUAUAGCUAAAAAUCCCGUUUUGAGCCACAUUGCGGUAGGAGAAAAUUGCUGUAAUCCACUGAUUAUUGUAUAUGAAUGGCCAACAUUUGAAAUAGUUAGUGUUCUCAAAGGCAGUGCCGAACAACAAAACAAUUGGUUGUCUUAUAGCCAAAAUGGAGAAUAUUUGUGUUCACAAGCAGGGGAACCCGAUAAUACUUUAACAAUUUGGGAUUGGAAAAAAUCGAAAAUAAUUUUGAGGACAAAGUCUCACAAUCAGGAUGUAUACGUUUGUAGAUUUUCGAACUUUAUUCCCGACCAUUUAGUAACUGCGGGGUCGGGGCACUUAAAAUUUUGGAGGAUGGCAAAAACAUUUACCGGAUUAAAGCUUCAAGGUCAGCUUGGACGUUUUGGCAAAACAGAAAUAUCAAACGUAAUUGGCAUUUUUUCGAUGCCCGAUGAAAAAGUAAUAUCGGGCUGCGAUUGGGGUAAUAUUUUGGUGUGGGAUGAAGAACUCAUCGAUGUCGAAGUGACUAGGAAGUUUCGAAAACCGUGUCAUUCAGCGCCGAUCAUCAUGUUUUUGUACUCCGAAAAUGACGAUCUGUUGACGAGCAUCAGCAUGGACGGUACGAUAAAAUUCUGGUACUAUCGUACAGUGGACACAGCGGACCCACCGGAAAACGACCGUGUACUGGAAAUGGAACCGUCGUUUACGAUCAGUGUCCAAGAUUCUGUGGGUAACGCGAAAAUCAUGGGCAUGUGCAAGAUCGACGACGGUGACGACGAAUCGAAUGACUAUUUCAUUCAGGAUGGUAACGGGGGAAUGUGGCUCGCUGACAUCGUAAUGGCCGCAGACGCGAAACCGCUUAGACGGCUAGCCAAGUUCCACGGUAGUGAAAUAACUUCUUUGCAAUCAUCGCCCGUCGGUUAUUAUAUCGCUACCACUUCGUUGGACGGUUGGCUCCACGUGCAUGAUGUCCUUAACAAAAAGUUGGUAUUCACUCACGAUUUCAAAGUGCCAAUCACUUCGUCGAUUUGGUUACCGCUGAAGAUAGCUAGUUCGGGAGAUAUUUUCGUUAUUGGAUAUCAAACUGGAAUUUUGAAAAUAGUCGCAGUACCCCUCAAAAAAUGUACUGAAGAAAAAACACAAAAUCAUACCAAAUUAGUGGAAAUACAAAGUUUGAAACCUCAUAUUAGUUCUAUCAGACAUUUGGCCAUAAACUCUAGCGCCAAAACUCUUAUAUCUGGAAGUGAUGAUAACACAAUAUUUGUCUUCAAAAUAGAAACUGAACUUAUCCAAUUCAGUCCUAUUGGAAUGUUUCUUUUACCUGGCAAAGUCACUUUUAUACAUUGGAAACCUUCAGAAAAACAAAUGGCAUUAAUAAGUUGCGCUAGUGGGCAUAUUGUAGAAGUGAAAGUCCCUACAACUCGUCCUUCGUACACUACAGAAUCUUUUUUGUUGAAACUUGAAUCACGUGUAAUACAAACAAUGAGCGUUAAGUCAGAAAUACGUCGCCAACAAUACUUUUUUGAUUUGGAGCACAAAAAAAAAGAUACAAUCAACAAAAAAAUGGAGAAGUUGAAAAUGAUCAGAGAAAAAGAUCCCAAUGUAGAAAUUGACGAAGUUUUGUAUUUUGAAGAUUCUGCAGAAGGAGACGAAGAACCGCCAAAAAUCUAUAUCCCCCCAUUACCGAACCCCGUAUUGUUUGCAAUUUACACUCCAUCAGAGAAAGGUAUAUGGGUGUCGAUUGAUGGAUAUGAUGCUGGUUAUUUAUACGAAUAUGAUUUUAAUACGUCUAGACCAGUAAUGAAUUCACACAUAUUAAUACCAUAUAAAAAUAAUACUCCACUAACUGCGAUUACAAUGUUUGGGACUGAUCCAUUAAACAUUUUAAUGGGAUUUGCUGAUGGUAAAAUACGCCUUACAAAAGUUCAUCUCAAUAAUGUAUCAGAUUUUGGUGACUAUAUUGAAUAUUCGAUUCACGAUAACAAAAGAGGAAGAGUAAAUAUGUUGUGUUUUAGUCACGAUAACUGUAUGUUAUACACAUGUGGUGAUGAUGGGAACAUUUUUAGUUUUAUGUUUCAAUGUGAUAAUAAGGUCAUAGAGAAGUGUAUGAUUUCUGUUUCUGAAUUGCCUCAGUCGCCUGUAUUUGCUGGAGAAGACAUUUUAAUUAUUAAAGAAGACCUAAAACUAAGUUUGGAAGAGAGAAAGAUUCAUAAAGAAAACCUUAAAGCUUUAAACUUAGCUAAUAGAGAAAAGGAUAAGACUAGUUAUUUAUUAUACAGUUUGAGAGAUAAGUUCAAACAAGUUUUAAUUAGCAACAAGUCAUUACCAGAAACACUGCAAUUAUCUGAUGGCUAUUUUCAAUUAGAUGAGCGAAUCAAUAGUUCACUUAUUAAAGAGGCACAAUUUGAAAUGGAUAAAUUACAUUUGAAGCUAGCGUUUGAUUACGAAAAGAGCUCAUUAGGUCUUAAGUAUUUGAAAAAUUAUUUCAUCGAUCCAAUUGUAACAAAUAAGUUUGCAGUUAAAGCAAUUUUGAGAGAUGUAGGAGUCAAAACAUUAUACCACGAAAUGCGUGACAAUUUAUUUAGUAGUUUAGUGAAGGAAUUUGUAUCUAAGAAACUUCCAAAACUACCGCUUGAGGAAAUAAAAGAUUCAAACAGUGUAAGAAGACGUGGAUCGGCAGUAUUAAACAAAGGAGCUCACAAUCAGAUACAUAAUGUAUCUGAAUCAGAAAUAUUUCUUCGAAAUGUACUUGAAGAAUAUCCUUUUUUAUCAAAGAAAAUUCAGAAUGCCAUAGAUAGGUUUGCUGCUAGAAGAGAUUUUGAAAAUCAAGAAAUUCUUAAAAUUCAAAACAUGUAUAACAAUAAGCCAGAUAAUAAUAAUACUGAGGAAGAAGCAUUACUAGAUAAUGCUUGGGAUACUAUUGGCUUUUUGAACUUAAAAACAGGAUCGGAUUUUAAGCUGACUGAAAGUGAAAUUAUUACAAUGGAAGAUAAAUUUGAACAAUACAUUAAUGUUAAAAAAGAGGCAUGCAAUUUGAAAACAACUUUUAAUGAAAAAGUGUUAGGCCUUAGACUACGCAAAAUAAGUUUAAUACAUGAUUACAAACAAUUUAAGUUUGAUGCUUGUCUUAUACAAAAGGAAUUUAAUGAUUCAGAAAUAACGACUCCGUCAAAUUUCCCUGAAGUUGUAAUGGAUGAAUCUAUUGAUCCUAGCUUAAUUGAUCCAUUUGAACCUAUUGGUCAUUGGGAUCCGACAGAUUUGAUUUUAAAGCCCGGAAAUAGUCAUGAGCUUACUCAUUUAGAAAUCAUUAUGCGAAAUAUGAGAAAAGAACAAUUGAAAUAUAGACACAUGCAUUUGCAUGAAACUAUGUUAACAAAAAUCAAUGUGUUUGAUGACAAUUUAAUGGAAUUGAAUAAAAUGCGAAAAGAUGUUAAGCUCCGAAUUAAAUUUCUUGAUUUAUUGGCGUUAACAUUUGAAGAAGAAUUGAUCAUUUUGAAUGAUUUUGAUUUAGUUGAGGAUGAAUUUUCACACAGUGUUUACCUUAAAACAGAUUUACAAAAUUAUAAAGUCAACCAAAUACAAAGCAUUCGAGAAGAAAUAAAAUAUUUGAACGAUAUUAUUAAUACCAAGUCAAAUAUGCUAAUAGACAUUCAACAUACUUUUGAUAUGGAAAUUAGGAAUGAUGGGUUUGCUAAACAUCUUAAAAAAAUUUUUAAAAAGAAAUUGAAAGUACCUAAACUCAAAUCUGAUGAUGCCGAUGAUACACUUUCAUCGUCUUCAUCCGACGGAAGUGAUGAAUCUGAUCUAGAAUUAAUGAAUGAGAGUGCAGAAUCAUUUACGGCAAUGAGUCGAGUAGUGGUGUUUGACGAAAAAGUAUUACCAAUUGGCUGCGAUCCAAAAUUAUUUAAUAUUACAUUAGAGUUGAGGUCAAAACGUUAUGAAAUUGAACAAACCAUACAGGAUAAUAAAAAAAAAAUGGAUGUUCUUAAUACACGUUUAAGUUUAACUUAUGAAGAAUUUGAUGCCAUUGAAAAUGAAUUGAAACAAAAUAUAAAUGAGCUAGAAGCAUACCGGAUAAAAAAACAAUUGAAACUAAAUGAUGUUAAAACCACAAUUGUACUGAAUAAAUCUCAAAUGACCAAAGCUAAAUUAUUGAAAAGUUGUAUUUUAUUAUAUGGAAAUGUUAUGCAAGAUCUAAUAAAUAGAGUGAUGGAGUUAAAAAAAGAAGAAAAAGAGAUAAUAUAUACAUUCAAAAAUGAAAAGGUAGUUGCUCAACAGUUUCGUACUGAAAUAACCAAGAUGGAGAACAUUCUAAAAAGUUAUAAAAUAGCAAUUAAGGAUGAAAUGAUAAAGAAAUUUAAAAUUGAAACGGAUUGGAAUUUUUUAGAUGAAAUGGAAAUGACUAUAAUCAACUAUAUGAUUAUUAAAUCAAAGUCCAAGGCCAAAGAUACAAAGGAACGUUUCGUUCGAGAAAUAAGAUUAUUAGAAAAUAAAAUCAGCUCUCAAACAGAGUUAAUCAUUGAUUUAUUAAAAUGGAAUACUUUCAAAAUAAAAACCUUAAAAGAUGUUUGUGGAAACAUAAAAAAAAUUAGACAGUGUUUGAUGGAACAAAAAAAAAUUAAUAUAAAACUUCAAAGGUUAACAAUGGAAUCAUCAUUAACUACAGAACUCAAUACCAUUAAACGAACAUAUGAUACAUUAUUAAAGCGGAAACAAGACAUAAGUGAGAAAAUAAACAUGUAUAAAUGCAAAGGCAAAAUGUUCCCUCCUUUAGUAAAACAAUCGUACACAAAGUCAAUACAAAGUCAGGCAGUCAAUGACGGGUCCUUAGCCACACCUGCUACUCCACAAGAGGAGAGCGAGGAAUCAUGGACAAUCAACGAUGAACCACUUACUUACAACAUGGAAUUUAAUGUUGAACCGAAGAAGUUGACUUUUUCCAAACAAUCAUUUUCACGGUUAACAAAACAGUCUUCACACUAUGAUAGUUUUGAAAAUGUCGAUGAAGGGUACAGAACAAAGAAGUGGACGACCUAUUAUGACGACAAAUUGAUACCGCCUACAGCGGACGUGGAAGACUUUGCAGAAUAUAAUGAUUUUAGUGAGAGGGCCGAGACACUGAACAGCUCGUUGGACGACAAAGAAUCCAAUGGUAGCCACAAUAAUAUUCAUGGUAAUAAUAAAUCAAAAAAUUAACACAAAGAAUGAAAUGAAACAAAACAAAAUAUAAAUAAUAGUGAUUCAUUCAUAAGAGUUGUACACAAGACAUAAAUUAGUUUUUAGACUAGUAGUUAUUUAAUCACCUUAUUUUUUUAAAUAAUAACCUUUUUUUUUAUGAAUUAUACCGAAUUUCAGAAACACCAAGAUUUAAUUAACAAUGUAAUUAGAUUAAAAUGUAUACUAUUUUGUAUUUAGAUAAACUUUAAUAAAAUGUACUCAUACUACCACUUGUUCAAAUACUGAUAAUUACAUACAAAAUUUAUUCAAUAAUGUUUUUAUACUUUGAUGUAAAUAAAUCAUGUAAAAAAAAAAAAAUUAAAAACAACCAAAAAUUUU